AUGUCAAUAAAAGUAUAUUGUUUAGUAUUUUUGGGUUUACUGAGCAUAAAAUUGAUCCAAGGAGAGCAAAAUGGAAAUGGUUUGAAAAUUCUUUCUCGAAAGAAACGAUACGUUGCAUUUCCUGAAGGAUCAAGUUUUUCGUGCGCCGGAUGUAUGACAGUAGGUCUGAUAGGCCAGCCCGCACCAACAACAGCUCCCGGCACCUUUACCUUUGGCAUGAACUGGGGUAUAGCAUACGAGCUGCCCAACAACACUGAAACAGCGCUAUUCUAUAGAAGCAAGAAGCAUAAGAAGCCGGUGGUUAUGCGCAGGAGUCGACGCGAGCUUUAUGAGAAAUUGGAGAUCAUUUUGGAUAACAUGGGAUACAACGGCCGCCAGUGUAUAUUGAAAACCCUUUGUGAGACGACCCAGAGACUGGUCCCCCACGGGGGCAACAUGGUCGAAGAAAUAUUUAGGACGAUGUUUACGCUUCCAAUGGCGAAGCUCCUUCCAUCAGAGCCAAUGGAACACGCGAUAUACGACGCAGCACACCGCCUGGGGGCCCUCUUGGAGUCAUGCGAUAAUUUUGAAUGUCCACUUUCCUUGGUAGACUUAGCCAAGGGUUAUUACAAUGCUCCUGCACCAACGUUGGACAUAGCCCGAAAUCCGUGGGCCUUAUUCAGUAGUCGCUUUGGAUAGCACUAUACCUACUUAUUUUAUAAUAGGAUA